CCUUCGAUGCUAGCUGUAUGCAGCUGAGCAGGUGACGUGCACGCAGGCAUGAAAAUUUAGUUUAUGCUAUAUAGGUGGCAUAUUAUGACAUUACAUAUCGCAGUCUGCUUGCUCCCGGAUUCAUGCUCAAUUCGGUGUUAUAGAGUUUAUUGCAUGUAGCGUGCUUUCUCCGGUAAAGACUGUAGUCAACUUCCCGCCAUAAUCGAAUCUAACUACAUCUAAGGAUGUCACAGGACAGUCAGCAUGGCAAGUGGACGCUGUCAAGUAGUGACAGCGAGGACGAGGACUUCCAUUCAGCACCAUCAAAGAACUCUGAUCGGAAACUGCAACAAGAACCUCUUGGUAUUGAGGAGGACUCAAAAGAGUUGGUGCAAAAAUCUGAUCCCUUACUGAACAGAGGCAUAAAAUUAGAACCACCACCAUUAACAUCCACCCCUGCAAUCGGUUCCGAGGCCAGGAAAGCGGCCCAUUAUAAUCAGCAGAACCCCGUGAAAUUCGAAACCAAAGGUCCAUCUCCCGCCGUCAAAAGGAAAAAUGAAUCUGAGGACUCUGGCUGGGCACUGUCCAGCAGUGACGACGAAGGUGCCGGUCCUGUUGUACGUAGUCAGCCCAAAACGCGGAGCCCGAGUCCCAAGAGAAAGAAAGUAGAGGAUAAACGACCAGAGAGUCCUCACGGUGCCUCUUACUUCAAAGAAGAGCCUGACGAAUUUUUCGAAACCAACUUGCCUCCAGCUGACAACACAUUCCGAUUUUAUCUCACUAAAGUCACUGGUAUAGAAAAGAAGUACAACACUGGAGCUUUGCACAUUAAAGAAAUUCUUUCUCCCCUGUUUGGAACACUGAAAGAAUCUGUGCAGUUUAACUACUGCUUUGAUGUGCCCUGGAUGGUACAGCAGUACCCACCAGAGUUCAGGGAUAAGCCAGUGAUGAUUGUUCAUGGAGAUAAACGGGAAGCCAAGGCCAGGUUAAUCCAGCAGGCCCAGCCAUAUGCGCACAUCCGCUUUUGCCAGGCCAAAUUGGAUAUAGCCUUUGGAACCCACCAUACGAAGAUGAUGCUGCUGUGGUAUGAGGAGGGAUUCCGAGUUGUAAUUCUCACAUCAAACCUCAUCCGCGCCGACUGGUAUCAGAAGACACAGGGGCUGUGGAUGAGCCCUCUUUACCCCAGUCUACCGGAGGGCAGUCCUGACACUGCAGGCGAGUCCCCCACCAACUUCAAACGGGACCUCAUCGAAUACCUGGGGGCCUACCGCGCCCCUGAGCUAAGCGAGUGGAUCGAGCGAAUCAAAGAGCAUGACUUGUCUGAGACUAGAGUUUACCUGAUUGGUUCUACACCCGGUCGAUUCCUAGGGGAUGAUAUGGAAAGAUGGGGGCACCUGAAAUUGAGAAAGUUGUUGCGUGAGCACACAAGGCCUGUCCUGGGUGAGGAGGCGUGGCCUGUCGUUGGCCAGUUCUCCAGCAUCGGGUCCAUGGGCGCCGAUAAGACCAAGUGGCUGGCCGCAGAGUUCCAGCGCACCCUGAUGACGCUCGGCAUGGGCGGGAAGUCGUUGGCCGGUCCAGACACCCCGAUGCACCUGGUGUAUCCAAAUGUGGAGAAUGUGAGGACAAGUUUGGAAGGAUACCCAGCUGGGGGAUCUCUACCCUACAGUAUACAGACAGCACAGAAGCAGCUGUGGCUCCAUUCCUACUUCCAUCGUUGGUCUGCAGAGGGCACAGGAAGAACCCACGCAAUGCCACAUAUUAAAACUUACAUGAGGGUAUCCCCCGACUUCGCAGAGCUGGCCUGGUUCCUCGUUACAAGCGCCAAUCUGUCGAAAGCAGCCUGGGGCGCCUUGGAAAAGAACAACACCCAGAUGAUGGUCCGCUCCUAUGAGCUGGGGGUGCUCUAUCUGCCUUCGGCAUACAAUAUGACCAAGUUUAAGGUUCAGAAGAAUCCAUUUCCUGCCACUGGCCCCACUACUUCUUUUCCUGUGCCCUUUGACCUUCCACCUCAGCCUUACUCCAGCAAAGAUCAGCCUUGGAUUUGGAAUAUUCCGUACACCCAGGCUCCGGACACUCAUGGGAACGUGUGGGUGCCUUCAUAAAUGAGUGGGUACCUGUGACCAAUUCAACCUCAUGUGCCAGGAGGUUAAAGAAAUGCAAGGAGGGUGAA